GGGAUGCUGAAAGCGUUCAAGGGUGUGCAUGUAAAAAUUAAACCUUGUGAACAGAUCCUUCACUUACUUUAUGUGUUAUGAUAUGAAUAUUGUUUUUUUGUGUCUUCGGAAAGCAAAAAUAAGCUGUGUGAAUUAGUGUUGGGGCGGGGCGCCAGGAAGGCGUCAUCCAUUCAACAACGGAUUGAUUCGGGACUCCAAAGAUUGGACUCGUUCACGAACGUCGCAUCAGGAUUGGCGACACAACAGCUUCAGUUAGCAUAAACGUCGCCUCCCGCUCUUGAUCUUUCCCAGCAAAGGACGAGUAGAAGAAGAAGAAGAACCAGGAGAAGAAGCCGAUGGCGGACGCGGCCGAGGCUGGCUUGUGCGGGGUGAAGGUGAUGUGUCGCUUCCGGCCGCUUAACGACGCGGAACGGAGCCGAGGAGACAAAUCCAUCCCCAAAUUUAACGGUGAUGACACGGUGGUGGUGUCGGGGAAGCCGUACAUCUUUGACAGAGUUCUUCCACCCAACAGUGAGCAGCCUCAGGUGUACGAAACAUGCGCCCGCCACAUCGUCAAAGAUGUGCUGGGCGGCUACAAUGGAACCAUCUUUGCGUACGGUCAGACCUCAUCAGGAAAGACGCACACCAUGGAGGGUCAGCUACACGACUGCCAGCUGAUGGGAAUCAUUCCUCGCAUUGCCAGAGACAUCUUUGACCAUAUCUACUCCAUGGACGAGAACCUGGAAUUCCAUAUCAAGGUCUCCUAUUUUGAAAUCUAUUUGGAUAAAAUCCGAGACUUGCUGGAUGUAUCAAAGACCAACCUGGCCGUCCAUGAGGAUAAAAACAGGGUUCCAUUUGUGAAGGGAUGCACGGAGCGUUUUGUCUCCAGUCCGGAGGAGGUCAUGGACAUCAUCGACGAGGGGAAAUCCAACCGACACGUCGCUGUCACAAACAUGAACGAGCACAGCUCACGCAGCCACAGCAUUUUCCUCAUCAACAUCAAGCAGGAGAACGUGGAGACGGAGACAAAGCUGUCAGGGAAGCUUUACCUUGUGGACCUGGCGGGCAGCGAGAAGGUGAGUAAGACCGGAGCCGAGGGAGCCGUUUUGGAUGAAGCCAAGAACAUCAACAAGUCUCUGUCUGCCCUCGGAAACGUCAUUGCUGCUCUCAGCGAGGGAACGAAAAGUCAUGUUCCCUACAGGGACAGUAAAAUGACCAGGAUCCUGCAAGACUCCCUGGGAGGAAACUGCAGAACGACCAUCAUCAUCUGCUGCUCGCCGUCUGUUUAUAACGAGGCAGAGACCAAGUCCACCCUCAUGUUUGGACAGAGGGCCAAAACCAUCAAGAACACGGUGUCCGUCAACCUGGAGCUGACUGCUGAAGAGUGGAAGAAGAAGUACGAGAAGGAGAAAGAGAAGACUCGGAGUCUCACCAUCACGGUCCAGAAACAGGAGAGCGAGUUGAAACGCUGGAGGAAAGGUGAUUCUGUGCCUGUGGAGGAGCAGAACAGAAGCAAGAAGAACAAAGGAGAUGAAGGGAUUGACAGCUUGGCUCCAGCCGUGGUUCCUCUGUCCAACGAGGAGAAGAUGCAGUACGAGACGCUCAUCACUCAGCUGUACAAUCAGCUGGACGAAAAGGAUGAAGAACUCAACCAUCAGAGUCAGACCCUGGAGAAUCUGAAGCAGCAGCUCCUGGAUCAGGACGAAAUGUUGGCGUCAAAACAUCAGGGCUACCAGCGUCUGCAGGAGGAAAUGUCCGGGUUGCAGAGGGACAACGACUCGGCCAAGGAGGAAGUAAAGGAGGUUCUUCAGGCUUUGGAGGAACUGGCGGUCAACUACGACCAGAAGUGCCAGGAAGUGGAGAACAAGAGUCGCUGCAACCAACAACUGAAUGAGGAUCUGGCCCACAAAACUGUCAGUCUGGAGGCGGUCCAGAGGGACCUUGCCGCUCUGCAGGAUCUCAGCUGUCAUCACAAGAAGAGGUCGGCCGACAUGCUCGGCGCGUUGCUCAGAGAUCUCAGCGACAUCGGUGCUGCUCUUGGCACCGCCGAGCUCAAAGCCAUGGCAGAGACAAGUGGAAUGAUGGAGGACGAGUUCACCACAGCUCGUCUGUACGUGACCAAGACCAAGUCGGAGGUGAAAUCUCUUGUGAGUCGCAGUAAGCAGAUGGAGGUCAGCCUGGCGCAGAACAUCAACAAAAUGGAGGCCAGCGACAAGGAGCUCAUUGCUAGCCAAUUCACCAUCUCACAGCUCGAGGUGAAGACGUCGACGCUAAUUGAAGACCUCCACAAGAUGGAGCUGACCAAACGAAGGCUGGAGGAAAGUCAAGACGCUCUCAUGGAGGAAGUUGCUAAACUUCAGGCUCAAGAUAAACUGCAGCAGGUGAGCGUGAUGGACAAAGAGAAGGAACACCUCAGUCGACUGAAAGACGCCGUGGACAUGAAGACAACACUGGAGGAACAGAUGGAGAACCACAGAGAGGUCCAUCAAAAACAGUUGUCCCGCCUCCGAGACGAGAUCGAUCACAGGCAAAGAGCCAACGACCAGCUCAGAGACUUGAAUGAGAAGAUGCAGUUGGACAUCAGGAAACUUCAAGCUGAUGUGGACAAAGUGAGAGGUGACGAGCGCAGCAAAGACGAGAAGCUUCAAAAACUGCUAUCCCUUGAGGAACAGAGACAACAAGCCAAAGAGGACCUUCAUGGUCUCCAAGAGACUGUGCUGAAAGAGCUGCAGACCCUCACCAACCUGAGAAAAGUCUUCAUCCAGGACAUCAGCAGCCGCAUGAACUGUCCGGAUAGCGAUGGCGACGAGGGGGGGGGCAGUCUGGCCCAACGGCAAAGGAUCGUCUUUUUAGAGAACACCUUGGAGCAGCUGAGUAAAGUCCAUAAACAGCUGGUUGGAGACAAUGCGGACCUUCGCUGCGAGCUGCCCAAGCUGGAAAAACGUUUUCGGGCGACGGCUGAAAGGGUGAAAGCUCUGGAGUGCGCCCUGAGGGGCGCCAAGGAGGCGGCAGCGAGAGACCGUAAGCGUUACCAACAGGAAGUGGAGCGCAUCAAAGAGGUGCUGCGCUUGAAGACGGCGGCCAGGAGGGGGCACUCGGCUCAAAUAGCCAAACCCAUCAGACCCGGGCAUCACAACCAGCCGCCCACUUCGGUCAGAGGAGGCGGGACCACCGUCAGUCCACGUCUUCAUGCCUUGCGCCGAGCACAAGCCGGACAAAGUCAGCAAAGUCCAGGUGGGUCACGAUGAAGCCAUUUUAGUGGCUUAGUGAGGCGUGUGGAGGUUCAAACGAAGGGGACUUUCUUGUAAAGCAGCUACAAAGUUACCAUGGUAACCAGACCACUUUGACCAGGCCAUGUCCAAACGGGUACAUUUCAACUUUAUUGUAACUUUAUUUAUUGACAACACGGUGAAGCUGGGAGCAAGAAGAGCAUUUAUUCAUUGAGGUGUACUGCACAUUUGAACCGCUAGAUGGUAGUAUAGUAUCUAUAGUGUACAUUUGUGGGCCUCAGUCUUAUUAGCUGGACACACAAGUUCUUAGUCUAUUUUUUUCAAUAUUUAUGUCUUAAAUAUUGUUUUAUUUUGUUGUGUUUUUAUUGCUUUCAAUGUUCCUGUUUUUAUUUGAUGUUUAAUGAUGUAUUUUUACUACAACUUAUCUGUUGUCUUGUCUUUGGAAACUUUGUAAAAUGUGCUAUAUAAUUAAAGUGGAUUGGAUAAUAAUGCAAGUACAUCAUAUCAAAUGCAAUAAGUUUCAAUUGAUUAUUGAAGCUUAUUGCAAAGAUUAUUUAAUGUUACAAUCACAAUAUCAAGACAUUUUAAAUAAAAUACAAUAAACAAUGAAAUAAAACCAUUAAAAAAAAAGACCAAAAACACAACAUCUUAGGAAUUGUUUGUGAUGUAAGUAUUCCCACCAGGGUGGGGUCAGGGUGAUAUGGACCACAAACGCACAUCCCGAUAUUUUUAGGUUGGACAUCGAUAUACGAUAUUUAUCUUGAUAUUUUUUUUUUCCACAAAGUAAGUUGAGACAAAAUCAAAGGGGAAAAUUAAAAAAAAAAAACAAAAAAAAAAAACAGGCCCACAAAAGGCCCCUGGGCCGCAAUUUGGACACCCUGAAACGUAUGUCUAACUGUAUAGUACUGCGUCUGCUGUUCAAUGCUGUCACACGACGGCGGACGGUGCCCGUGUGGAGGCGGGCCGAGCGGGCAUCAGGUAGCGCACGUUCUUCCAGAAGCGGGAGUUCGGGGAGGCGGCGCCCUGGGAGUCCUGCCGCCACCUGAGGGGGGCACGCUUGGUGAUGAGGUGCCGCAGGGCCGGGGACAGGUGAGCGUAUCCUUGCGGUCCCGUUUGCCCCACCUGGAUGAGAAUGACACGCGUGCCAGUCUGGGUCAGGGCGUGGUGAAGACCCACCUGGAACGCAGCGGAGUAGACAUUAUCGUUUCGUCUCGAACUUUAUUUAAAACAUGAACGCAGACAACGCGUCCUACCUGGAAAUCCACGCCCCCCAAGACGAGGUUGUGGUCCUUGGGGGCGUGUCGGUCCACUCCGGCAAGGAUGACCAUCAGCCUGCGACUCUGCGUGAUGCGCUUCUCCGCCAUCUCCAGUCGAUCUGCGAGGGAUUGACAUCCCGGUUGAGGUCAUGUGACAUCACUGUGUCCACAUGGACGCCAUUUUGGUUUUUUUUUGUCUACGUAUAUACACUCAUCCCUCGUUUAUCACAUAGAAAACCUGCUUAUGACUUUAUAUAUACGAUCUUUAUCAUGAUUAGAGCCCUGUAGACAUGAUAUAACACCCCUAUAGUCACCUUUACUCUCCUAUUAUCAACUGUUUACACCGCCUCGCUCCACUGCAAGGCGCAGGUUACGGGAUCACUGCAGGGGUACAAGAAA